GACAGUUGUGGGGUAGGGGGCCGCCCUAGACGGAGGGGAGGGGGAACGGGAGCGGGAGGACCAGGAGGAAAAGACCCCGGCGGCUGGAAGAUGCUGGAGACCCUGAAGGAGAGGCUGCUGAGUGUGCAGCAGGAUUUCACCUCCGGGCUGAAGUCUUUAAGUGACAAGUCAAGAGAAGCGAAAGUGAAAAGCAAACAAAGGACUGUUCAGUAUUUGCCAAAGUUCUCUGCUGGACUUGAAUUGCUUAGCAGAUAUGAAGAUACAUGGGCUGCCCUCCACAAAAGAGCAAAGGAAUGUGCAAGUGCUGGAGAGCAUGUGGAUAGUGAAGUGGUGAUGCUUUCAGUGCACUGGGAGAAAAAGAAGACUAGUCUAAUAGAGUUACAAGAACAGCUUCAGCAGAUUCCAGGAUUGUUAGCUGAUUUGGAAUCCAUGACUGCGAAUUUGAACCAUCUAGAAGUCAGCUUCAAGAAGAAGGAAAACAACUGGGACAACUGUGAAGAUCUCUGUGUACAAUGCGAACUGGAGAGACCUCCGGGAACUGAUGCAGAACGAAAGGAGCAGAGCCAGAAGAACUCUAGGAAGGAACUUGAAGCCUUCAAAGCUGAGCUAGAUGCAGAGCAUACUCAGAAGGUGCUAGAUAUGGAACACAGCCAACAGCUGAAAUUAAAGGAACGCCAGAAAUUCUUUGAAGAAGCCUUCCAGCAGGACAUGGAACAAUAUCUUUCUACAGGCUAUCUGCAGAUAGCUGAUCGACGAGAGCCCAUAGGCAGCAUGUCAUCCAUGGAAGUAAAUGUAGAUAUGCUGGAACAGAUGGACCUGAUGGAUAUGUCUGAUCAAGAAGCCCUAGAUGUCUUUUUGAACUCAGGAGGGGAAGACAUGCUCUCUCCUGGUCUCGGGCCUGAUCCCAGCACCUGUCAGAACGAAAUAAGCCUCGAGGUUCCCAACCGCUCUGCCUCUAGAAGCAAACUGUCUUCAUUCUCCUCAGUGUGCGCUGACUCUGCCACCCAGGAGAAUAGUGAAAGUGGAGAGUCCCCUGUGGUUCAGUCUGAUGAGGAAGAAGUCCAAGUGGAUACUGCUCUGGCUACCAUGAAGGCUGGCUCAGAUGUCAGUGAGGAAAGUGACUCCUAAAUGCCAUUGAAGCCUAGCCUUCAUGGGAUAACUACACAGUAUUUCAAUGAAGACAGCUCAAGCCUGGAUCAGAUUGCCUGCCUGAAGUCGUUUGUUUUAUGGGGAUACUAGACUUUUAUUAAAUUGCCAAUAAUAAGUGGGAGUUGCCUAAAAGCACAGUUUUCUCUGACAAUAAAAUUUGAGCAUUAUUAAACUUUGUACAGCAGAUAAAUUCUGAA